GAAUUUGAAAAGCUAGUGAUCAUUGAUUAGCUCGUCUCACGGAUCUUGUCUCUCUCUCUCUCUCUCUCUCUCCCCCUCUCUGUGCUCUAGAUUUCACUUGUGCUGUGGCUCUUAUAUAAACUCCUCCAUGACCUAGCCUUGAGACUUCAGUCUUCGGGACUUGCCACGAAAUUUACCAGACAGAGAACCCAAGAGAGCACGGCACGGCAACAGCAACAGCAGCAGCAGCAGCAGCAGCAGCAAGCUCAGAGACACCAGAAAUGGCUUCUUGGAAGAAAACCAUCACAUCCCCCUUUCGAAAAGCCUGCACUUUCUUCAACCAGAGCCCCUCCCGAGACAAGAAGUCCCACCAAGAGCAUGAGAAGCGAGUAAACAUGAUGAACCUGCAGGGCGAAGUGAUGGCCUGCGCCUACGAGGAUGUCCAGGUGAUGUGGUCGAUCCUCGAUAAGUCCAAGGCCAUUACAUGCGACUGAAGAAAGGACUUCAGAAGAAAAGCUCCAACCUCUGCACCCCUCUUGAGCUUUGCCAAUUUGUGUUGUAGAUAUGAUGACCGGUUGGUGGAAAUUAGUUCCUGAUGGGAUGGUGCCCAAGAAAAGGAGGAGAAGAAAACCCAGAAAAAAAAAAAAAAAAAAAAAAGCAGAGAGAGAGAGAGACUUUGUCAUGAUUAGGGAAGGUUUCGAGAGACCCCCUCCAUUGUAAUUUUGAUGAUGUGGGGUUUCGCAUGAAGAAGUUUAGGGGUGUUUAGGAGUUUGAUUAAGUCUGUAAUUUAGGUUUAAUCUUUCUUUUUUUUCUCCCCUGUUGAGUCAGGUUGUCAUUAUCUCCAUAGGGAAUCCCCAUGAUUAACGAUAAUGUCAUGGCGAGAUUUAAUGAAAGGUCUCAUUUUUCUAUCGUGUUCCAUCA